GCAUCACAGCAGACCGGCACGUAGAGAGUUGUUGCUUUUUUGUACCCGUAGAGGUUGUGUUAGUCAUUUUCAGACCGAUACUGGGGAGUUUUUGUGUAAACUGCCUGGUAUCGAGCUACAAGUCUGUUUCGUCGUGGUCAUUUUAUGCAACGAAAACUUUAAAAGGUCCAUUACCCACCUCUUGUUGUUCUCACGCAUCGUCUCAGGAGACUAUGUCACCAUGGAUAAAACAAGCUGGCCUUUUUCUUUUGGCACUGGUUAUUUUGCCCAAAACAACUGAGUCAAAGAAAGAUGAAGUGCUCUACUGUUCAGCCUGCUUAGCAAUCGCAGAUGAAUUGAACUAUUCAAUCAGCCAAACUGAUCCAAAAAAGAUGAUCCAUGUUGGUGGAUUCAGACUCAAACCUGAUGGAAGUCUUACUGAUAAAAAGGUUCCCCUUGUUAGGUCAGAGACUCAUUUAACCGAACUGCUGGAAGGAGUUUGUAAUAGCAUGAGUGAUUAUGCUCUCUAUGAGGACCCGGUCUCCAAAGAAAAGAGGUACAAGAGAUUUGCACCCAGAGAAAAUGAUGGCGGGAAUUUUCCAGAUUUUAAAAAUUUUAAGUUUGAUGGACCAGAGAGUUCCAGUGCUUUGAAGUUUGCCUGUGAAAGCGUUGUGGAAGAGCUGGAAGAUGAUAUUAUCUCUCUCUUCGCCAAUGAGUCAGACCAUGUGGCCAAGACGCUGUGCAGUGAAGUAUCAGGUCACUGUACGAGCUCUGUUUUCCAGCACAGUGAACUUUAGUUUCAUAUUCACAUUUGGUGGGAAUCAACCAAAAAACUUGACCAAAACAUGGAGACUUUAUUUCCUAUAUUUUUUUUAAGAUUAAGCAUAUAAUAAAUUGGUAAGGGUUUUUCACUGCUGAGUAGUGGACACCCUCUUCUUUUGUUUUUCAUACUCCUUUUUAUGCUGCCUUUUUAAUUAGAGAAACUGUAUUAUCACUAUGAACCUGUCAACAUCAUUCAAUGUUUUCUAUAUUUACAGGAUCAACAUUUAAUGCACAAUGUUCGUAUUUUGAAAAAUCAGUUUAUUUCCUUAAAAAGAUUCUUAAUAAAACCUCAAUUUAUUAAAA